UGAACCACAAUAUGGAGCGGAAGAAAACGUCUGAUGUAACUAUGGCACAGAAAAUUUGGAUGAUGUUAGAUAACUUAGUAGAAAAUGAUCCUUUAUUAUAUCGAAAAUGUAUUGAACAUCAACUUAAGCAAGCAAAAUUGCAUAUGGAACCACCUAAGCUGGUUGUGACGUUUAAAAUGGAAUUGCUUUUUGACAGAACAAAAACAGUCUUCAUCAACAUAUUUGAAUGGAUCCGAAUUCCCAAUCCAGAGGGAGAAAAAAGCCUUAUUCCAAUGUUAGGAACAGCCCCUAUGCCGUUGCUGAAGAAAGAAAAAGAAUCGAACAGUCAAGAUGUUUUGGUCAUAGCAGUAGCACUGCAUCCUAAUAAUUUAUAUAGAAUAAAAGUUGAAGAAAAGAAGCAAAAAGAUGUAAUGCAGGCAGUCAGAGACUUCCUAGCUGUUCAAAAUUUAUGUGUAUCACAUCAUUAUACUGUAGUCACACCUGCUGGGGAUAUAGCAGCACAACAAGAGGAACUUUCCAACCAACUUAACCAACUUAUGCAAGACCACAACUCUAAGAAAAAGAGAAACAAUGACAAAAUAACUGUAUUGGAUACUUUUUCUUCUCUUCAAAUUCAUGAAGAAAAGGAACCUUUGAUGACACCCAUAAAAACAGUUAUAAAGAAAAAGUUAAACAAUAAAGACCAAAAACCAAUAAUGAGAAACGGAGUAGGAGAUAUACCUAAGGGAAAUAGAGAAGAUAUAUCACAGGAUUAUGGAGUUGAAGAAAUGCAAAAGGAGAAUGGAGGAGGUGAAUGUGAAGAGAAGAGACAAGUUUGUUGUCCAGAGUAUGAAAUCACAAGGCAGCUGGUGAACAACCAAAUGUAUGUGGUGAUUUGUGUGCAUUUACCUAAAGUUUACAAUUCUCAAAAGAGCAUAUUAAGCAUAUGUCAGGGAAAUUUGACACUGGUGGUCAAAGGUCCAACUUACUACAUGUUUAAUCUACAUGUUGGUGAUGUAACAGAAGAGAAGAUACAAGCCAAGUUUUUCAAAAAAUGUUCUGUCCUCAUGAUAAAAUACCCAGAACAUAAAUUAUGAUGACUGUGAUUCAGGAACUGUUAUGUUAUUCAUGAACUGUGUUAUUAACUUCUAGUCACGAGGAUCCAAUGUUUCAUAUUAUAUACACAUAAAUGGUUUUAUUUAUUACUAAUUUCAUACAAAUGUUAGCUUUAACCUACUAGUUCCAUAAUCUUGUUAGUUCCUAUUUUAUUUUAUACCAUUUUGUUUAAAUCAGAGUUCAUUUUAUAUUAUUUUAAUAAAUGAUUUGUUAAAUGGUUUAGUUGAAUUUGUUUUUUGUUAUGUUCAUGAAAGUGAAUAAGAAACAAAGCACAAGUGAAAGAAAUAACAUAAAUGAGCUUGUUUUUUUUUUAAACUCAUUCCAGACCAAUUUAGUUAUUUCAUACACUACUAUACACAUCUGGCAUUUGUUGAGUAAUUCUUCUCUGUACAGUAGUGCUUUUAUGUUUUUUUCAAAUAUGAACAUAGGUUUUUAGAAUUAUCAGUAAAAAAUACUAGUAAGAAUGUUUGGUGAAGCAAGGACCAACUUUAAUUUGUUUAGUCUAGCUUGAAAAUGAAGAACAGACAUGUUAAAAGCAAAAUGUAUUCAAUAGCAUUAAACUGAGAUCAAUGCUUAUGUCAACUAAAUAUCAAAUUCAGCCCAAAUAGAAGCCAUUUUAUAAUUCUA